AUGGCAUUACUCGCUUACCUGGUUUGUUUCGCACAAUGGCUGUUAAUCAUUCGGUUGUCCUUCCAUCACGGAACAACUCAAUUCAGGAAAGCACUUUGGGUCAGCGCCAUCACGAGUACUGGGCUUACGAUCAGAGGAUGUAAAGGAUACGAAGGCGCUCUUGCUUAUUGGUUGCUGGUCAUUGCAAUCGGUCCGGGAACGAGAUGGGGAUUCUCUUCACCACCACUUUUUCAUCCAUUACCUCGUCAACCGAACUUCCCCAGGCUCCGCUCAACGAGCUCGUGGAGAGUCUUUGAUUUGUUAUUCAACUUCCGAAUGAUCAAUCUUCCUCCCUCAUCUCCUCUACCUCUCUGCAAUCAGACCUAUCUAUCUGCCAUAUUUGGUCAUUCGAAAGCUUGCAUAUGGCAUAUAUUGAUAACGGAUAUUUUAUUAUGGCCAUCACUCAAACUCCCAUCAACAUAUCCUUCACCUACGUAUUCCGGAUUCCUUAACUCGAUGCGGGAUACAAUUUCUAUUCCUGGAGGAGGAAUUAUGGUCGAUAUAUUGAUGAGCCUUAGUCAAGGUGUAGGUACUUAUCAAGGUACUUGUUUGAUUUGGCAUCUCUCAGCCAUAUUAGGUAUAUCGACUGGAUUAUGGAUACCUGAAGAAUGGGGAAUGAAGGUUAUGGAUAGACCUGACAAAUCUGAUAGUCUGAUCGAUUUCUGGGGUAACAGAUGGCAUCAAAUGUUAACGGAACCGAUCAAAUUCAUCUUAUCCUUCAUACCUCUCAAAGUACCAAAAUCGAUAUACAUUUUAUUAUUCUUUCUGAUAUCAGGAAUAAUUCAUGGUCCCUUACAUUACACUUUGACACACAAAUGCAACUGGGUGAUAUUCACGGUUACCUUCGGUUUAUACGGUUUAGGCUGUGUAUCAGAACGUGGAUUCUACAAAUUCACAGGUAAGAAAGUAGGUGGUAUUUGGGGUAGAUUAUGGAUGUGGUCAUUUUUGAUUGUCAGUAGUAGACUAUUAGUGAGCAGUUUAUGGGAAACGGAAAGGCAUUGGAACCAAGGAAACGGAGAGGUCAUACAAGGUUCUCUGACUGAUUGGAUCUGGAGGGCCUGUGUAUCGAGAGUAAAGAAGGGAAUGAAAUGA